AUGUAUACUCAUAUCCUUGGUGGUUACGAUACUGUUUCUGAGUAUGUUUUGCUUGAUGCUAAUUCGGUUACAGACUCCUCUGUAGUGAGAAUCCCAAAGAACUUAUCGAUGAAUGAGGCAUGGCCCUUAGUUCUGGCAUAG